GCUCACGCCCAAGUCCCACCCCAGGAUGACUUCUUACGACCUUAUAUUUUCUUGCAGGAGUCGUGUUCUUAUUCUUCAUCUGCUCGAUGCUGUAAACAUAUGUCGAUAACAAUCCCUCUUUUCCGCGCGAUCAAAGCGAUGUGACAGGAACUGAACAUUUCACCAUAAGAUUCAAUGAGAAUGACUGGAGCGAUGAUCUUCGGCGUGCUGAGAAUAUAAUUUGCACCAUGAAGGCAAAUAAAAGUAGAUGCGAGUCUGCUCCGAUUUUGGUUCUUGUCUACAUAUUAAUAUCUCUUUUCUCUCAUACUACACACACUAACCUCCUUGUAAUGACGAUUCAUACAAUCAGGCCGCGGACAAACGUAAUGUUGUGACUUUACAAUGUGAUUUUUGAAGAACACUUUUACGGAUUUUAUGGAACAACAACGCACGCUCUAAUUCCUCUGAGGACUGUGCAGGUCGAUUCAUUUAGUUUCUAGUGGGACAAAGUUCCUAUCAGAUAGAACAAAAUGGACAUGUUCGACGACUCCGCGCCGAACUCAACGCCAGCACCAGCGGCGGCAGGUAUUUUGAACAGCACUUUCGUGUUUCACUCAAUGAAGCAAAAAAUACGCAAAUAAUCAUGGUUCACGUGCUGGUGUGCCUCUACUCAACUUCCAGCUCGCCCCAAAAUAAUCUCGAUCUUAAAUACUUCCUACCAUCACUCCUCUCACAACCACAGAUCCAUUGUCAUUCAUGGCACCUGCGUCUCCUGGUCCAGCGACAGACUCUCCAGUACCAGUAAUGGAUGCUUUUGCGGGUAUGGCACCGGCCGCUGGCGCAGUAGGGGGAGCGGAAACUAUGGUACUCUAUAUGUUCACUUGUUGUCGCCGUAGUUUGUUUUUCAAGAAUGUCUACUUAAUCUUCCCCCAUCAAACAUCAUCUUCAUCAACUGCAGAGCCCAGGCGGUCCAGGGAAUGAGAAAUUGAAAGAGUGGGAAGCAGCGCAAGAUGCUAAGAACCAAAAGAAGGCGCAAGCGGAGUUGGCGAGCAAGAAAAAGAAAAGGGAAGACGCAGCAAAGGAUCUUGAAAAGUGGUAUGCCGAUAGAAAAGCGAGAUUGCAGGUACUAAAAUACAUUAUGAUAGAUUGACGCUUGUUGCGGUUGUGGGGAAAUAUAUGAGAAGAUUCCUUUGUGUGUCGGCUUUCGUCCUACUUUGAAAAAGUAUAAGUUGACGAUUUUAUUUGAUUGCACAAACCAAUCGAUGCCAAAAAUGAUCAGAAAAAAUUCGCCGAUAACCGACGAGAAGAGAAGGACUUGCUGUCUAUCCAAGCAGGGAAAAACGAAGGCCAAAACCCAUGGGAACGCGUGCUCAGUCUCAUCAGCGAACAGGCUGCGAAGCCAGGUAUACUGAAGAUAUCACUUGUGAAGUAGAAGUUGUGCUUGUGCCUUUCAUUUUCCUUGACGUUUAAUAGAAGUGAAGAAACUUCUGAUCAUGCAUGAGCAUGGUGAAUGUAAACAAUACAUAGAAAUCACGUUUCAUCUUCUUCACUCCUUAUCCCGUCCAUUGCAGAGUCAGCGCCGCUCCAGGACACCUCGCGUUUUAAGCAAUUGCUUAUCCAGCUCAAAGCUUCUCCGAUCCCGAACUAAAAUGCCCGUAGUUUUCGUACCUGAAGAUGCAGUUGGUGGCAAAGCACAUCCUAAUACUUCCCUUUCGUGCUGCUCAACUUAGUUGUACAGCAUUGCUUCGACGUCGCGAGGCGGUGGUUAUUGAGACCUCUUCUCUCCGAAAACUUCGAUCGCUACGUCCAAAAAAGUGAUGGCUUUGAUGAAGCCUGAACAUGUGAAAAUCAGGUUUUACUUUUGAUGAACAAUGACAUCAAUGGGUCCUAUCAAAAUCAGUUCUACGUAGAAGCAAAAAGAGGACAUUGAUCACAUCUAAGAUGAAUCCUCCCAAAAUGGCUGCCCGUUUCCCCCUAAGCAGACGUUGCCCACAUGGAGCGACUCCCUUGCUGCUCCGUAAUGCGGAGCUCUACCCGAAUAAAGCAAGUGUGAUAUAAUCGCCUUGGUAACUUUAUUUUGUUUUCUGUACGAAAAAGAAUCAUA